GUAUAAUUUUUUUUACGUAUGUUGGAGAAAAUAAUGUUAAACUUAAAAUAAAUCUGUGAAAGCUAAACCAAAUGCAAAGAUCACUGUAAUGGGUCUUGUUUACUGCGACAUCUGCUCCAACAACAGUUUCUCCAAACACAGCUACUUCAUUCCCGGUGCGGAAGUGAGAAUAAUCUGCAGAUUCAAUUCAGCUUCGUCGAGAACUAGAGAGAUGAUAACGUUCUCUGCAAAUCGAACCACAAAUGAGCUUGGACUCUACAAGCUAGACAUAACAUCUUUGGAAGGCGUUGCUUGCGCCGCAGAAGCAAAGAAAGAUUCUCUAAUGGCUUCUUGUCAGGCAAGCUUGAUUGGUAGCUCCAAAGAUUCUUGCAAAGUUCCUGGCUUUAGAACUACAACGGAUCAGGUUGUGUUUAAGUCCAAGAGGUCUAAUCUCUGUGUCUAUGGGUUUACAGCUUUAAAUUUUAGACCCUUACAGAAGAAUCUUCACUUGUGUGGCAAGUAACAGAGAACAAACUCCAAUAAUCUUAGUCUUUGUUUGUUUCUACUCUAACAGGAACAAGAUCACUCUGUUCUGUCUUCUUGUUCUAUGUAUCUUUAUCUUUAGACUUUGUGUAUUUUAUUUAUAUGUAUGUAAGUUUUAGUUUGUUAAAAAACAUCAAGAUUUCUG